AUGUGUUACAUUUUUGUUCACUGCUAUGGCAGAGUAUGUGGCGGUGGCCUCAUUAUUUCACAGUUUAAUUUCUUACGUCACAACAGAUGGUUGGCUUAUGGAAGUGUAAAACGGUUUUUAUGAAUCGUUCGUUCAUUUUCAACUGUACAUGGAUAGAAGAGACAUCUACAGUAGAAAAUGCAGAGGGAUACAGUUUCUCUGCUGAUACUGCCUCUGGUUAUCUGGACUGUUUCUGCAGAAAGUGUAUUUGAUGGCCUAAAUGUGUGCGACAACGGAAUAAUAAACGAAAUUAAUAACGCGGAAAAAGUAAAAGCAGUGGAACAUAAACUUCCACUUGAUUUAGCAUCUCAGCUGAGAACCCUGGCUCCAUAUGAUGUACUAUAUGCUAACUACAAGGAUGAUAAAAUAACAAAAACUAGGUGGCUUUCUACAAAAUUUGAGUUUACACGUAAAUACACAGUACAAGGCAGAAAGAUAAAGGAAACCAAAACGAUGGACAUCGACUGGGAUAAACUUUUGAGUGAAGGCGACAAUAAUCUGAAAAUGUACGUUUGGAGUUUUAAAACAGAUUUCAAUGUUGCUCGAUUUGUUGAAAGUAUUGUUGGAUACUACUUAUGUAAGACAGUGGGGACUAAUAACGAAGAAGGUCCUCAUAUUGGAAUCGCAUUUUCAUACUAUGCGGACGGGGGAGGCGGGAUACCGCAUCAACUAUUAGAAGACGCAGAAAAAAUGCGUGACGCUGCAGUUGGUCUGUUUAAACAAGCUUUGGAGCACUACACUGACUAACUUAUCUCAGCAUUAAGUUGAAUACAUAUAAUUGUGUGAAUACAAUAUGCUCAUUCAUU